AUCUUAGACCUCACAUCUUAAUUAUUUAAGUAAAUCAACCGAUAUCACAAUCUUAGACCUCGCAUCUUAAUUAUUUAAGUAAAAUAAUGUUUCAAUUAUGAAAGAUUCAUCUUUUUUUUUUUGUGACUAAUAUGAAAGAUUCAUCUUAAAAUUGAAUCUUGGGCUUAAAUCAGCGGGCUUAUAAACUGAUAAACCUACACUCUUUCUUUCUUCAUCGUUCCGAUUCCCAAUCCUAAUUCUAUGCCCUAGAUUUUGUCGACCGUUUUUUCAAUCAAUUCGAUCUUCUCUCUCCCUCUAGGGUUCUUCCAUGGAUUCCGAAGAUGAUAUGCAAGAUGCCAAUGAUAUUGAGUCUCUGGAUGACGAUUUCUACAAUAGUGAAACCGAAGAUGUUCCUGUAUCAAAAAAAAGAAAAACCGAUGAUCCCGCGGAUAACUACAGCGACUAUGAUGAUGAUGAUGAUGAUGAUGAUGAGUCUCGUCGAACCGAGCAAAGUUUCACUGUAUUGAAAGAAUCAGAUAUACGGCAACGUCAGGAAGAUGAUAUCAGUAGAUUAGCAGAUUUUCUUUCCAUAUCGCAUGUUGCUGCAAGCCUUCUUCUUCGUCAUUAUAAUUGGAGUGUCAAUAAGGUUAAUGAUGCUUGGUUCGCCGACGAAAGUAAAGUUCGAAUGACAGUUGGUUUGUUGGAGAAGCCAGUUUACCAGAAUCCUGCUGAUGCCAAUGAGCUUACUUGCGGCAUCUGUUUUGAUGCUUACCCUCUUUCUGAGAUUGAAACGGCUUCUUGUGGUCAUCCGUUCUGUUUUUCAUGCUGGGGAGGAUAUAUCAGGACUUCAAUUAGCGAUGGUCCGGGAUGCUUGAUGCUGAGAUGUCCUGAUCCUGCUUGUAAAGCAGCUGUUGAUCAAGAUAUGAUUAAUCUUGUAGCAUCUGGUGAAGAUAAAGAAAAAUAUGAUCGUUACCUUCUUAGAUCAUACGUUGAAGACAAUAAGAAGACCAAGUGGUGUCCUGCUCCUAGUUGUGAACAUGCUGUUAAUUUCGACGGUGGACUUGGAAAUUAUGAUGUAUCUUGUCUCUGUUCGUAUAGCUUUUGUUGGAAUUGCACUGAGGAUGCUCACCGUCCGGUGGACUGUGAUACGGUGUCAAAGUGGAUUCUAAAAAACAAUGCAGAAUCCGCAAACACCAACUGGAUACUUGCUUACACAAAGCCAUGUCCCGAGUGCAAAAAACCGAUUGAAAAAAACCAAGGGUGCAGCCAUAUGACAUGUAAAUCACCUUGUAACUUUCAAUUUUGCUGGCUAUGCCUUGGUGCAUGGAGAGAACAUGGGGGUUCUUGCAAUCGUUAUGAAGCAGAUAAACAAAAUGAAACUGAAAAAAGAAAAGAAAGGGCAAAGAAAUCAAUUGAGAGGUACACACAUUAUUAUGAGCGAUGGGCUAGCAACCAAUCUUCAAGGCAAAAAGCUCUUGCUGAUCUACAAAAGACGCAAUCUGUUGAAAUUGAGAAGCUUAUACGCACACAGUGCCAACUUAAGUCGGAGCUUAAGUUCAUAACUGAGGCCUGGUUACAGAUAGUUGAGUGCAGGCGGGUAUUGAAGUGGACAUAUGCAUAUGGAUACUAUUUACCCGAAAAUGAACAUACUAAAAAGCAAUUAUUUGAGUACUUACAAGGUGAGGCAGAAUCAGGUUUGGAGAGACUUCAUCAAUGUGCUGAACAGGAAAUCCAAGUAUUCCUCAGUGACAAUGUCAACCCAUCUAAAGAAUUCAACAGUGACUAUGUCACCACAUCUCAAGAAUUCAUUGAUUUUCGUAAAAAACUAACUGGAUUGACCAUUGUCACUAGAAACUACUUUGAGAAUUUGGUUAGGGCAUUAGAGAAUGGUUUAUGUGAUGUGAAUAGCAAUGGAAUAACUGAUGAUCAUUGGUUUUGUGAGCAAUGUACCUUUGCGAAUGUCAGAUCUGCCAUCGCAUGCCAGAUGUGCAAGAAACAGCGUCCCCAUUAGAAGCAUAUGUCUUCUGUUUAAAGCUGAAUGGAGUCGGUAAUUAUAGUUU